AUGGAGAACGAGAGGAGUGAUGAGAGAGAGCACAACCAAUUCCGCGGAGACGACGACGAGCCCAACGAUUGGAGAAAACCGCCGCCGUGGAGGAAACAGAUCACUGUUCGAUCGAUCGUCGCGAGUUUGCUGAUCGGAAUCGUCUACAGUGUGAUCUGCUUGAAGCUGAAUCUAACGACGGGACUCGUCCCGAAUCUGAACAUCUCGUCAGCUCUUCUGGCCUUCGUCUUCCUCAAAUCAUGGACCAAAGUUCUCCAGAAAGCAGGAAUCGUCACUGCUCCGUUCACACGGCAAGAGAACACCAUCGCUCAGACUUGUGCCGUUGCAUGCUACAGCAUCUCUCUCGCAGGUGGAUUUGCGUCGUAUUUGUUGGGAUUAAACAGAAGGACUUACGAGCAGACGGGAGUGAACACACAAGGAAACAAUCCACGUGGUAUCAAAGAGCCUGGUGUUGGGUGGAUGACGUCAUUCCUCUUUGUUGCUAGCUUCAUCGGACUUGUCGUUUUAGUACCUCUUCGAAAGGUUAUGAUUGUGGACUAUAAGCUGACGUAUCCUAGUGGAACUGCAACUGCUGUUCUUAUUAAUGGAUUUCACACUAGCAAAGGAGACAAGACAGCCAAGAAACAGAUUCGAGGGUUUACAAAAUCGUUUGGGUUGAGUUUCUUCUGGGCAUUCUUUGGAUGGUUCUAUGGAGGUGGUGAGUUAUGUGGUUUUUCUCAGUUCCCAACGUUUGGGUUACACGCUUGGAAAAAAUCAUUUUUCUUCGACUUUAGUAUGACAUAUGUUGGAGCUGGGAUGAUCUGUUCACAUUUGGUGAAUCUUUCGUUGCUCUUCGGUGCAAUACUCUCCUGGGGAAUUAUGUGGCCUCUCAUAGCCGGCCUUAAAGGCCAAUGGUAUUCUGCAACAUUGCAAGAUGGUAGCAUGAAGAGCUUAAAUGGCUACAAGGUGUUUAUAUGCAUUGCAUUGAUCUUAGGAGAUGGGCUUUAUAACUUUCUCAAAAUUCUCAUUUUCACUGGAAGAAGCUUUCACUCUAGACUCUCCAAAACCAACAGUAUCAGCACAUUGGAAGAAGUUCCAGGAGAUGGCACAAAAGAAUCCGAUAACAUGAAACGUGAGAACGAAGUAUUCAUUCGAGAGAGCAUUCCUCUGUGGAUGGCUUGUGUGGGAUACAUAUUCUUAUCCGUCGUCUCCAUCAUUGCAAUCCCUCUCAUGUUCCCUCAGCUGAAAUGGUACUUCGUCCUCGUAGCCUACCUCCUCGCGCCGUCUCUCAGCUUCUGUAACGCCUACGGUGCCGGGUUAACCGACAUGAACAUGGCUUACAACUACGGCAAAGCGGCGCUCUUCGUGAUGGCGGCGUUGGCUGGGGAAAGCGACGGAGUGGUGGCGGGAAUGGUCGCUUGUGGUCUCAUCAAAUCAAUCGUCUCUGUCUCUGCCGACUUGAUGCACGAUUUCAAGACAGGACAUCUAACGCUAACCUCGCCUCGUUCCAUGCUUGUUGCACAAGCCAUCGGGACAGCGAUAGGUUGUGUGGUCGCGCCGCUCACUUUCUUCCUCUUCUACAAGGCGUUUGAUGUUGGAAACCCUAACGGAGAGUACAAGGCUCCUUACGCUAUCAUUUAUCGAAACAUGGCCAUCAUCGGCGUUCAAGGUCUCUCCGCUCUCCCUCAGCAUUGCCUCGAGCUUUGCUACGGGUUCUUUGCGUUUGCGGUUGUAGCCAACCUGGGGAGGGAUUUCUUGCCGAAGAAGCUAGGGAAGUGGAUCCCACUCCCGAUGGCAAUGGCUGUGCCGUUCUUGGUUGGUGGUUCGUUUGCGAUAGAUAUGUGUGUUGGGAGCUUUGUGGUGUUCGUUUGGAGGAAGGUGAACAGUAAGAAGGCAGAGUUUAUGGUUCCAGCGGUUGCAUCAGGUCUGAUAUGCGGAGAUGGUCUCUGGAUUCUGCCUUCUUCACUGCUCGCUCUGGCUAAAGUUCGACCGCCUAUGUGUAUGAACUUCACGGCAGCUCAAUAA